CAUUGUUAGAUUACCUUGUUAUAGAUAUAUAGAUCUAUAUAUUGCAAGUAUCAUUCACAAUAUUUUUACAAUAUUGUACAAAAAACAGACAAAAUGCGUUGGCUUCUUAAACCUCUGUUUUCACUUUUUGUGAUAUUGCACGUGGUAUUUGCUUACAAACCGAUUAUUUUUAUGCACGGGAUAUUGAGCGAACCCCAGGAAGCAAACACUUUAUUCCAAUGGAUAAAAAUGGACCAUCCAGGAACGGAGACGUUUGCUAUAGAUAUGUACAACAAACUGGACAGUCUUGUCAAUAUGAUGGAGCAAGUUGACCAGGUCGGGAAAGUUAUGAUGAAAUUCAUGCAACAACAUCCCGAAGGCGUAAAUAUUAUCUGUUUCUCACAAGGUGGUCUUGUUUGUCGAGGCGUGUUAGAGCAAAAUCAACAUAAUGUGGACACAUUUAUUUCAUUAAGCUCUCCGCAAGCCGGACAAUUUGGAGAUACCGAUUACAUAAAAUAUAUUUUCCCGCACGUUCUUCGCGACAAUGUGUACAAGAUAGCGUACUCUAAAGACGGUCAAAAUAUAUCAGUGGGAAAUUAUUGGAAUGAUCCACAUCACCAGGACUUAUAUAAGGAAAAUUCCGAAUUUCUGGCAGUGUUAAACAACGACACUUUUAACAUAAACAGCAAAGAGUACAAAGAAAACUUUCUGCGCCUGAAGAGAUUGGUAAUGAUUGGUGGUAAGGAUGAUGGUGUUAUUACACCGUGGCAAUCAAGGUAAGGAUGAUGGUGUUAUUAUACCGUGGCAAUC